UGUAGAGAGGCCGUGCAGCUGAUGAGCACACGACACCGGCUGUUCCUGCAGAGGGACAUGCUGAGGUUUCCCCCGUUCGUGUCUGAAUGAAGGUCUGCUGACCUUCCUCCAAAUGGAUCAAAUGGCCACGCUGGAGCUUUACAGCAAGGGUGCGGCCGUGUGGAUUCCUGACCCAGAUGCUGUCUGGAUUUCAGCCCAACUCCUCCAGGAUUACAGUCCUGGGGGGAAACACCUCCUGCUGCAGCUUCCUAAUGGGAAGGAGGUUCGUUACCCGCUGGACUCCCCCUCUGAUCUCCCGCCUCUGGGGAACCCCGACAUCCUGGAAGGUGAAAACGAUCUGACGGCUCUCAGCUUCCUGCACGAGCCUGCUGUGCUCCACAACCUGCGGGUUCGAUUCCUGGACUACAGCAGCAUCUACACAUACUGUGGUAUUGUACUAGUGGCCAUCAAUCCCUAUGACCAGCUCCCUAUAUAUGGAGAAGAGGUGAUUGAUGCUUACAGCGGCCAGGACAUGGCCGACAUGGAGCCGCACAUCUUCUCUGUGGCAGAGGAAGGUUAUCGCACCAUGAUCAGGGAGGAGAAAAACCAGUCUAUCAUCAUCAGUGGAGAAUCUGGUUCUGGGAAAACGGUCUCGGCCAAAUUCACCAUGCGGUACUUCGCCGUGGUUGGAGGAGCAGCUCAGCAGACCAGCGUGGAGGAGCGGGUCCUGUCCUCCAACCCCAUCAUGGAGUCUAUUGGAAAUGCUAAAACCACUCGAAAUGACAACAGCAGUCGCUUCGGGAAGUACAUAGAGAUCGGUUUUGGUAGAAAGGGGGACAUCAUUGGUGCAAACAUGAGGACGUAUCUGCUGGAGAAGUCACGGGUGGUCUUCCAGGCUUCAUCCGAGAGGAACUACCACAUCUUCUACCAGCUGUGCGCCUCCAGACAGCUGCCUGAAAUGAGAUCCCUCAGCCUGGAUGCACCUGAGAAUUUCCGAUACACCAACCAGGGCGGAGAGAUGCAGAUGUCCGGGACUGAUGAUUUGGCCGACCUGGAGCGCACUCGCAAUGCUUUUACCGUUUUAGGUGUGCAGCCUGACCAGCAGAUGGAGCUGUUCAGGAUCCUGUCUGCUAUCCUGCACCUGGGUAACGUCCACAUCCAAGCCAGUGGGAGAAGUUCUGAGCGAAGUUAUAUUGAUGCAGACGACCACUCUCUGGCUGUCGUCUCCAAACUCCUGGGCGUGGAGAGACCGCAGAUGGCCCACUGGCUGUGCCACCGCAGGCUGGCUGUGGGUGGGGAGAUGCUGGUCAAGCCCAUGUCCGGUCCGCAGGCUGUGGAGGCCAGAGAUGCGCUGGCUAAACACAUAUAUGGUCAGCUGUUCGCGUGGACUGUUCAGAGACUCAACUCCGCCCUGCGCGCUCAGAGGGGACACGUCAAAUCCUUCAUCGGCGUGCUGGACAUUUAUGGGUUUGAGACCUUUGACCGGAACAGUUUUGAGCAGUUCUGCAUCAACUAUGCCAAUGAAAAGCUGCAGCAGCAGUUCAACAGGCACGUGUUCCACCUGGAGCAGGAGGAGUACGUCCGGGAGGAGCUGCCCUGGAGCAGGAUCGAGUUCAGCGACAACCAGCAGUGCAUCAGCCUCAUCGAGGGGCCGCUGGGCCUGUUGGACCUGCUGGACGAGGAGUGCAGGAUGCCCAGAGGUUCGGACCAAAGCUGGGUGCAGAAGCUCUACGGGCAGCACCUGAGCAGCAGACCCCACCCGCACUUCCAGAAGCCUCGCAUGUCCAACAGUGCCUUCAUCGUCGUGCAUUUUGCGGACAUGGUGACGUAUGAAUGUGGCGGCUUUUUGGACAAGAACCGAGACACGGUGUUUGAGGAGCUCAUCAACAUCCUCAAAGCGAGUCAGUCUGAACUGGUGGCCGAGUUGUUCCAGCAGCAGGAGAACGGGCCGACUGUGGCCAACGGAAGCGUCCGCUCUGGGAAAAGAUCCGCCAGAGAGCAUAAACUCACUGUGGGCUUCCAGUUCCGUCAGUCCCUACAGAUGCUGAUGGACACGCUGAACAGCACCACUCCUCACUACGUCCGCUGCAUCAAACCCAACGACUUCAAGCAGCCCUUUGUCUUUGACCCCCAUAGGACGGUGCAGCAGCUGAGAGCCUGUGGGGUGCUGGAGACCAUACGCAUCAGUGCUGCAGGUUAUCCAUCCAGGUGGACGUAUGAGGAGUUCUUCAGCAGAUACCGCGUUCUUCUCCGGGGGCCCCACAGUCCGGAGCGGGUCCAGGCCUUGUGCAAACAGAGCCUGCGCCAGCUCAUCCCAGACUCGGACCAGUACUGCUUCGGGAAAACCAAGGUGUUUUUCCGUGCGGGGCAGGUGGCGCUGCUGGAGCGGCUGAGGGCGGAGAGGCUGCGCGUGGCUGCGGUGCUCAUCCAGAGCCGGGUCAGGGGGUGGCUGGCCAGGAACCGGUACCGCCGGCUCCUCUGGGCGGCCGUCGCCCUCCAGCGCUACUGCAGAGGAGCGCUGGCCAGACGGCUGGCUCUGACGCUGCGCCGCACCAAGGCCGCCCUGCUCGUCCAGAAGACCUACCGCAUGCUGGCCACCAGACGCAUGUUCCUGGCGGUCCGCCGGGCCGCCGUCACCAUCCAGGCCUUCACCAGGGGCGCGCUGGCGCGGCGCCGGCACCGGCAGCUGGUGGCGGAGCGCGCCGCGGUGCUGCUCCAGGCCCGGGUGCGCGGGUGGCUGGCGCGGGCGGCCUACGGCAGGGUGCGCGGCGCCGUGGUGCUAAUGCAGUGCUGCGUGCGCCGCCGGGCCGCCCGGAGGGAGCUGCUGAAGCUCAAAACGGAGGCCCGCUCCGUGGAGAGGUUCCGGGAGCUCAACAAGGGCAUGGAGGUCAAACUGAUGCAGCUGCAGCUGAAGGCCGACCAGCAGGCCAGAGAGAGAGCGGCGCUGACGGAGACCCUGCAUGCGGAGCGAGAGGCCGCCGCCGCCGAGCUGGAGGCUCUGAGGGCGACAGUCCAGAAGCUGGAGAGUCAGAAACAGGAAGCGCAGCAGCACCGGCCAGUGGAUGAUAAGGAGGUGGAGGAAAGGAGGAGAGCGGAGGAGAAGGCGGCGCAGGAGAUCUGGCAGCUCACAGAGGAAGUGCAGGUGCUGCAGAGACAGAGGGACAGUUUAUCCAAAGAGACAGAGGAACUCUGUGAUCGCCUGCUCCAGCAAGAAAAGAACCAGGAAGAACUGGUGCGUCAGGCUGUGUCCCAGGCAAGUGCGGCUCUGAGGUCGGAGCUGGACGAGGAGAGGAGGAAGUAUCAGGGUCUCCUGAGGGAGUUCACUCGACUGGAGCAGAGAUACGACAACCUCCGAGAGAUGAGCCUGCUCACGGAGCGCUCCAAGGGCCACAGGAGGACGGACUCCUCUCAGAGCCAGAGCCACAGCCUGGAGCCGCCCUCGCCCACGCCGCAGUCGCCCCAGUCUCUCGGCCCGUUCUCCACGUCGCCCUUGCCUCCCGCCGACGACGUCCGCCGGAUCAGCGUGACCUCGGCCUCCGAGAGGAGGCUCUCUGUGUGGAGCACGGAAACGCCAAUGGAGCAGCUGAUGGAGGGGCUGGAUGUGGCCAGAGAGCCUGCCAUAAAAAUGUCGGGGGAGGACCUGGCUCACGCCUACGAUGCCGUACGAGUGGCCAACAAGUUUCUGGAGAACCAGCUGCGUGACCUGCGCAGCCACUGGGAGCAGGAGCUGGAGGCUCUGAGGCGUCAGCUCACCGCGGCGACGUCCGGUUCCUCCUCUCAACAGCAACAGGAGCUUCUGGAGGCCAGAGAGCGAGAGUGCGUGAAGCUGAGGAGAGAAGUAAAGGAGCUCCGGGGCACAGUCUCACUCCGACGGCUCCUCGCACAAGUGCUGCCCUCAGCGUCGCCCGCCGAGACCAACUCCUGUCUGUUCCAACCAAAACCCACUACAGUUGCUGGUUUGCUGGAAUGUAGGAAAAAGGAUGAACCCAAGCUCAUCAAGAACCUCAUCACGGACAUCCGCGCUGACAGCGCGCUGUCGCUGCCUCCCGGUCUGCCCGCCGGUGUGAUGUUCCUGUGUGUGCGCCAGGCCGACUGCAGCGGCGACCACACCCGCGCCCGCUCGCUGUGCAGCGCCGCCGUCACUGCUAUGAAGGCAGCUUUGAAGAAGUCCAGUAAUGAUGCCGGGAUGACCGCUCUGUGGCUGAAGAAUGCCUGCCUCCUGCAUGACUUUUUGACCCAGCACUCCUCAAAAUCUACCCUCGAGUCGGAUGACUUCAUUCCCCUGACGGCGGAUGUGAGCGACUUAAUUCGGGCUCUGAGUGACCUCUGCAUCCAGGCCUAUCAGCAGCUCCUCUCCAUCACUGAGACGCGCCUGCAAAACAUCAUAGUCCCUGCCCUGCUGGAGUCGGAGAACAUCCCCGGUCUGGCUGGCACCCCGGUCAAGCUGGGCAUGUCCAGGAAGAGGGCGGGCUCGGACCCCAGGCCUGCGGGAGGCGACGCUCCCACCAUGGCGUCUCUGCUGAGGGAGCUGGGAGCCCUUCACGCCGCCCUCACCCAUCAGGCCCUGGCCCUCGCGGUCAUGGAGCAGGCCUUCCACCAGCUCACCUACCUCAUCGCUGCCUCUGCUCUGAACAGCCUGCUGCUGAGGAAGGACAUGUGCAGCUGGAGUCGGGGCAUGCAGAUACGCUACAACGUGAACAUCCUGGAGGAGUGGCUGCGAAGCCGGGGUUUGCAGGCCGGAGGUGCAGUGGCCACACUGGAGCCGCUCAUCCAGGCCGUGCAGCUGCUUCAGGCCGGGAAGAAGACUGAAGCCGACGCACAGGCCCUCGUUCAGACGUGCCACCUGCUGUCCAGCCAGCAGAUCGUAAAGAUUCUGACGCUCUACACGCCCCACAGCGACCUGGAUGAGAGGGUCACGCUGAGCUUCAUUCGUACCGUCCAGGGGCUUCUAAAACUCCGCUCUGACGGGCCGCCUCCACAGAUCCUAAUGGAUGUGAGGAGAGUGUUUCCUGUCACGUUCCCCUAUUUGCCUCCCGCCGGCCUCCAUGCUGAGCAGUUAGUCAUCCCAGACUCCCUCAAAAUCUCCUUCCUUCGCAAAGCCUAGAACUCAGCAAGUGUGUGCUGUCCAGCUGGCCUCUUUAAAGCAAAUAGACCAAUAUCUUAGCAACCACACUGCUGGAUUUAAUCAUUUGGAAAUAAAAGAAAUCACCCAUGA